CGGGAGCCCGUCCUGCCGCCGCGGCGGCUGGGGCCCGUGGAGGCCUUCUGGCAUCGCUUCCUGCAGCCCGGCGGCGUCUGGCGGUACCAGGUUUUCAGAGCGUAUCGUGGUGGUGUAUUUGCCGUAUGCUUCUUGCUUAUACCUACCUGGGUUAUUUACUACCAUGUCAAAUACCAAGUAAUGAAUAAGCCAUAUGGUCUUGUUUGCUCGAAGCCCAGAAUAUUCCCAGGUGACACAAUUCUAGAGACAGGAGAAGUAGUCCCACCACUGGCAGAAGAAAUUAGUGGUCAUCACUGAAAGAAUGAAUGUGAUAUGAUAAGCACUGGCUUUGUCCUUAUGCAAGUGUGUUACGUAUAUGUGGAUGAACUGUACAAUAAAGUCCACUUCCAUGAGA